AUGCCAGGGGGGUUUGAGGUGGUGAUUCCGAUCCGCGCACCCGACGCGCGGGCGCGGGAGAAAAUCAUCCUCGCGCUCACGAGACCCCUCCGCGAUGCAGGGGUUUUGCCACCCGGGGUUUCGUUCCGCGAUUUCGCACGGCGUGCGGUCGGCUUUUCGGGCUCGGAUCUCGCCAACCUCGUCGGCGUUGCCGUCAGCCACGCCCUUCUUCGUCAGCAACCCACCCCGACGGCGGCCUCGCCCGAACUUGUUGAAGUCAAGCCCGGGGAGGCGUCGUUUCGUCUUCGCGGCGAGGAUUUCGAUCGCGCGCUGCGGGAGGUGCGUCGCCACAAAGACGCCACCGGUUUCGUCAGCGGCGAGCGGAUGGACGAGCUCGAAGGGGCGGAGGCGAGGGGCGAGGUGGUCGACUACGACGGGACCUUUGAGCGAAAUUGGAAUCGCGUUCGGGAGCUCAUCGCGCAGGUGCACCGCAGCCGCCACGUCUGUUCCGGCGUCGUGGCGUUAACCGGCGGGGUGGGGAGUGGCAAAACCACCCUCGCGCGGCAGCUCGCCGCGCGCGCGCACGAGCACUUUUCCUUUUCCGCCUCCUUUCCGAUUCAUUUGAUCUCCUGCCGACGGCUCUGCCACACCCACGACCCCGCCGGGCGGGUUCGGCGGGUGCGGGAGGCGAUCUGCGCGGCCUCGCGCUCCGAGCGCGGCCUCGUCGUGCUGGAGGACUACGACGCCCUCCUGGAUAGCCUGGCGAACCUGCCAGAUCAGCUGAACGCGUUGAAGGCGAUUUUGGAUACCUUCGCCCGCGGUGGCGGCGACGUGGAUUGCGACCUGACGGCGGCGGACUCGCUUGACGGCCUCCCACCGACGAGCCCCUCUCGACCGGUGAUGGUGGUGAGCGUAACGCGUGAGAGCGCGCUCCAGAGCAUCCCGUACGACCUCCACCUCCAUCGCUUUCCGCUGUCGUUUUCCGACCUUCAACGCCUUCUCAGGCAUUACCGGAUUGCCAACCAGACGAGCCUCCUGCGGGCGGUCGCGCAGGCCUAUCCGCCUAGCAUCAGCUAUCGUCAAUUUUUACGUCUGACGGAUAUGGCUUUGUGGAAAUUAGGGGAGAGUCUGAAGGUGGUGGAGAAUACCACGUCCGGUUCGGAGGCUUCCGAUGUGCGGCUCAAGGUGGAGCGCGAGGGCGCACCUGACGGUGAAGGAAACGCCACGUCGCGAACGAAGCACGCCUACGAGUCUCCUUGGUUCUUCGCGUCCGUGGCGGAUGACGAGCGUGAUGGGGGUUCCGCGCGAUUUCUCAGUCCUUCCUUGGCGGACCUCCGCGCGAGGCAGGAGCGGGAGAACGUUUUCGCCCUGCCUACCUCCGACCUCGCGCGGAGGUUUGUGUUCAUCGUGCAGGAGGUGGUCGGGUUGACGAGGCUGAUGGAUCCGUUUGCGCGUUGGUAUCAACCAAGUCCGGCGGUGAAUGGCUACGAAGGGGAUGAAGCAACGGAUGGCGUCGACAUAGACGCGGAGGGCGGCGGUCUUGAAGCAUUGUGGUAG